CGAACCGACUCGUCGACCAAUCGGCUCGUGCGAGUCGUUUGCUAACAGGAAGUGAUCCAUUCAGUCAGUGUCUCAAGUGAACCCCGGAACACGUUUAUAGCUCCCACGCAGAAAUGUCUCCAGAGGAGCUGGUGUACCUGGGGAUCCUUGCUGCAUCCAUACCUGUGGGGGUCCUGUUCCGCUACCUCAGUCCUCCAGUCAAACAGGGGGCUGCACUGACUUUGGGUCUCCUCAUCACCCUGGCCACAUGCGGAAUACACACUUUACACUCAAUCUGCACCGUGCUGGGAACAUGGCUGAUUAUCCGAGUCGACUGGAAGAAAGCUCCGUUUCUUUCUCUGGGAUGGACGUUCCUUUAUCUUUUAUUCUUUCGGAUGGUCACGUGGUUUGGACUUCCUUCUCCUUCACCGUUCGCUAACGCCAUCCAACUUCUCCUCACAUUGAAGAUGGUCAGCUUGGCGUACGAGGUUCAGAACUACCACUAUGAGAAGAAAAAGGACGUGAGCUCGUUCUCCAAGUCACCUGUGAUUGGCCGUCUCUCUCAAGAGCCCUCCCUCUAUGACAUCAUCGCCUACAGCUACUGCUACGUUGGGAUCAUGACAGGGCCGUUCUUCCGGUAUGGGACGUACGUGGACUGGCUCGAACAGACCGAUCCUCUCUCGCUGCCGUGUAAAGCUCCGUGCCUGAGCAGGUUAAAGAUGGUUCCUGUUUACGCCGCUCUCUUCCUGGGUUUUAACUACCUGUUCCCGUUGUACUACGUUCGCACUGAUGACUUCCUGGAGCACAACUACUUCUUCAGGUUUUUCUACAUGGUGGCGGUGUUCUUUGUGUUCCGUAUGCGGUUCUACUCGGCUUGGUGCGGAGCCGAGGCCGGCUGUAUCACCGCCGGACUUGGAUGUUACCCGCAGGGGGCGGAGUCUAAACCAGGACGCGGACCUACAGUACAAUACAGCCCUGAUCCUGGUGCUCUGGUCGAGUAUGACUUCAGAACCAUCCAGAACAUCGACUGCUACAACGCGGACUUCUGUGUGAAGGUGAGACAUGGCAUGCGCUACUGGAACAUGACGGUGCAGUGGUGGCUUCAUGAGUACGUCUACAGCAACGCACCGUUCAGAGCCUACGCCCUGAGAGCGGGUUGGACGAUGUUGGUGAGCGCGUACUGGCAUGGUCUGCAUGCAGGUUAUUACCUGUCCUUCCUCACCAUCCCGGUGUGUAUUGCUGCAGAGCUCGCCAUGGAGUCGUGUGUGCGCUCGCGUCUCGGCGCUGAGGGACAGAAGGUGUUCGACUGGGUUCACUGGUUCCUGAAGAUGCGUGCGUACGACUACAUGUGCAUGGGCUUUGUCCUGCUGAAGGCCGGCGACACACUGCACUACUGGAGCUCCAUAUACUUUGUGAUCCACGUCGUGGCGCUCGUCUGCAUCGCCGUCGGACAACUGAUGGGUGGAAAGAAGAAAGAGAAGAUUAAGGAGGAGAGCAAGAAUUGAUUGCUGAAAGUGCAUCCUGCAGUGCAUUAUGGGAUUUCAGGGAUGCACUGAGUAUUUCAGGGUAUAAUCAGCGUACUCUUUGUGUUUCUGUGGUCUAAAAACUACAAAUCCCAGCAUGCAUCGCUUCUGUGUCAAGUGGCAUAUAUGAGUUAGUCCCCGGUUUAGCUCUCUUUUUACCACGGCCUCUAAAGCUUACAAGCUACAAGCAGUCAUAAAGGAAGGAAACGAUGGAGGGAGGGGAGGGAGGUAGGUAAGAAAAAGAAUUAUGGAGGGAAAAGAAAAAAAGGAAAUGAUGGAAGCAAGGAUAGAAGUAUCAAGGGAUGAAAGAAAGAUUAAAAAAAAGGCAUGACCGAGGAAAGGAACACACUGGGGCAUGUUAAAAACAGAACUGAACCCGGGGAAGAACAGAUUUUGAUGUUUUUAUGUUGUGAAUGUGCUAAAAGACUAAAGAUGAUGAACAGAUGGAUGGAUGGAUGGAGGAAGGAAGGAAGGAAGGAAAAAGAAAAGUUUCAUAUGCCAGCGCUCUACAGAGGACAGAAGAGAGGUUAACGUUUCAAACAAAUUUCCCAGAUCGCACCGAUUCUGUGUCAACAUCAGACAUUGUUCUCAGUCACCAAUGUGUAUAACUCAGUUACCCAGAAUGCACUGCUCAGGGGACAAUGCACAUAAACAUGGUAAGGUUUACAUUAAAAAAGCACGUAGUGCUACGUUAGCGAGUGUAACAUGCCAAACGGAGACAAGCAAAGCUACAUUAGAACUCCAUUUCCCAGCAUGCACUGCUUCUGUACUAACUGCCAUACUCUCAGUAUCGCACACCAACAUGACAGUGGUGAUAUGAGCAGUGAUCGAAAGUGAUAGCCGGUGUCUAAAGACUACAUUACCCAUCAUGCAUCACUGCAUCAGCUCCAACCAGCCCACCUUUCACUGCCGUACGAACGUGAGCGGAGGUUCCAGGGGGUCGUGGUGGAGGGCAUGUAACGCAAUGACACAAGAAAGUGAGCGUUAAAGUGAGACAUUGCUGUGUGCUUAUAGCAAGAAUUUUACAAAGGUUCAUGGGAGCUGAGGUCCAUAUUUGUUAUUUAGUAUUUCUGAGUUGUUGUGUUUUUUUUAUAACCAACAUUUCAUGCAUAUUUUCAUCACUUUAUGUAUUUUCACUUCGUAAAUCUAAACACAAACAUUAUGUUUUGCUUUUUACAUUUCUGCAGUAGAAUCUUUCCUCACACGUUCGUUAUGAAACCGAAUCGUCUCUGUUCUUUAGAAUUUACACACCGAUUCACUUAUUAGUUUACUCUUUAGUUACGAACGCUUCAUUUUGACCUAGAAGUUGCCUCCGUACUUCUCGCAGUCACUUCAUCACCCUGAACAUGAAUGUAAAUUCUGUUUAUAUUUUUAAGUAUUUUACACUAGAAAAGUGUUUCACUGUUUUGUCAUGAAACUAAACCGUUGUGUGUUGAUAUAUUAAAAAUUUCAAGUUGAAA